AGGCGGGGCGCCGGGGUCCUGCGGAGCCUGGCGCGGCUCGAAGCCCGCUGCUGGCCCCGGGAGCCGGGAGCCGGGACCGGCGCGUCGGGCGGGGGCUGCCGCGGGGGAGGCGAGCCCGGGCUGCUGCGGGCACCGCGAGCUCCCCGCCGCCUCCAGCAUGGGCAGCCGCUUGCUCUACCUCCUCCUCGCCGCCUGCGCGGCCGCCCAGCCGCCGGACCUCCGCCGCUGCCCGCCACUGCAGUGUUACGAUGAGCUGGUUGCUCCCCUUUACUCCUCAUCCAUCGGUGCCUCCUCCCGCUACAGCAUCUUCUACUCGUCCAGCUUCGCCCGGCUGCACAGCAGCAGUGGCUGGUCUCCAGACCCCAGUGACAAGCAGCCCUGGCUCCAGAUCGACCUGAUGCAGAAGCACAAGAUCAACGCAGUGGCCACGCAGGGGACGUACAACACCUACGACUGGGUGACACGUUACAUCGUGCUGUACGGGGACCACCCCAGCAGCUGGAAGCCCUUCUUCCAGCUAGGGAGUAACUGGACGUUCUUUGGGAACGUGAACGAGAGCGGGGUGGUGCGCCACGACCUGCACUACCCCAUCCUGGCUCGCUACAUCCGCAUCAUCCCCACGGCCUGGAACCCGCGAGGCAAGAUCGGCUUGCGUCUGGGCCUCUACGGCUGCCCCUACCGGUCUGACGUGCUGUACUUUGACGGGGACGAUGCCAUCUCCUACCGCUUCCGCGGCAAAACUGUCCGCACUGUCCAGGACGUCUUCGCCUUCAGCUUCAGGACGAUGGAGCAGGACGGGUUGCUGAUGCAUGGCGAGGGCUCCCAGGGGGACUACGUCACCGUGGAGCUGAAACAGGCCCAGCUCGUGCUGCAUAUCAGCUUAGGCAGCAGCCCACUGCACUCCAGUCAGGGGCACACGACGGUGACGGUGGGCAGCCUCCUUGACGACCAGCAUUGGCACUCGCUGCGCAUCGACCGCCAAGGUCACCACGUCAACCUGAGCCUGGACGGGGAGGUCAAACACUUCCGCUGCAACGGGGACUUCCAGCAGCUGGACCUGGACACCGAGCUGUUCUUCGGCGGCGUGAUAAGUCAGAAGAAUCAGAGCCUGGUCUAUCGACAGAACUUCCGGGGAUGCAUGGAGAACAUCUUUUUCAACUGGGUCAACAUCGCCGACCUGGCCCGCAGGAGAGCGCCCAACAUCCGCUUCGAGGGCCACGUCAGCCACUACUGCCAGGACCAGCCCUACAUGCCCAUCACCUUCGCUGGCAUCAACAACUACCUGCAGGUGCCAGGCAUCCCGCGCCGGAACCGCCUGUCUGUCAGCUUCAAGUUCCGCUCCUGGGACACGGUGGGGCUGCUGCUCUACACCAGCUUCGCCGAGCACCUGGGCUCCCUGGAGAUGGUGCUGAGCAACGGCCAGGUCAACGUCUCCAUUGCCCAGCCCGGCCGCAAGAAGCUGGAGUUCGCUGCAGGGUACCGGCUGAAUGACGGCUUCUGGCACAUGGUGGAGCUGGUGGCGCGGGACGGCUCGGCCGUGAUCACCAUCGAUGACAACGACGGGGCUGAGUUCCGGGUGGCCCACCCCUUCCAGCUGCGCACCGGGACCCAGUACUUCUUUGGAGGCUGCCCCAAACCUGCCGCCAUCACCGGCUGCCUGUCGAACCAAACGGCCUUCCACGGCUGCCUGCAGACCAUCAGCGUUGAUGCCCAGCCCGUGGAGCUGGACCUGCUGAGGCAGGAGCGGCUGGGGAAAUACUCCAACGUGUUCUUCAACAUGUGCAGCAUCACCGACAGGUGCACCCCCAACCUGUGUGAGCACGGCGGCCGCUGCCUGCAGUCCUGGGAUGACUUCACGUGCGUCUGCGACCUGACGGGAUACAAGGGAGAGACCUGCCACAAAUCCCUUUACAAAGAGUCGUGUGACGCCUAUCGGCUCAGUGGAAAAACGUCUGGGAACUUCACCAUCGACCCUGACGGCAGUGGGCCCCUCAAACCCUUCACCGUCUACUGCGACAUCCGAGAGGAUCGGGCCUGGACCAUCGUCCGGCACAACCGGCACUACGCCACGCGGGUGAGGGGCUCCAGUCUGGACCGGCCCUUCCUGGGCGUGGUGGAGUACUGGAACGCCUCGUGGGCAGAGGUGGAGGCCCUGGCCAAUGGCUCCGAGUACUGCGAGCAGCACCUGGAAUUCUCCUGCUACAGCUCCCGCCUGCUCAACACGCCCUCCGGGCUGCCCUUCAGCUUCUGGAUGGGCCGCCACGACCAGCGCCAUUACUACUGGGGGGGCUCCCCGCCGGGCGUCCAGCACUGCGCCUGCGGCCUGGAAAAGAACUGCGCCGACCCCAAGUACUUCUGCAACUGUGAUGCCGACCAUGCCCAGUGGAGGACGGACAAGGGGCUGCUGAACUUCGUGGACCACCUGCCCGUCACCCAGGUCGUGGUGGGAGACACCAACCGCUCCCAGUCCGAGGCCCAGUUCCUGCUGGGGCCACUGCGCUGCCAUGGGGACUGGAACACCUGGAACAGCGUCUCCUUCAACAAAGGCGCCUCCCUCCUCUUCCCCCCCUUCCUGGCCAACCACAGCCUGGACAUUUCCUUCUACUUCCGAACCACCGCCCUGUCCGGGGUCUUCCUGGAGAACUGGGGCUGCAGGAACUACAUCCGCAUCGAGCUCAACACCACCAGAGACGUGGUGUUCGCGUACGACAUUGGGAAUGGGGACGAGAACCUGACGGUGAGAUCCCCCGUCCCCUUCAGCGAUGACGAGUGGCACCAGGUGAAGGCCGAGAUCAACGUGAAGCUGGCACGGCUGCGAGUGGACAAGCUGCCCUGGGUGGUGCGGCUGGCCCCACCCCAGAGCUACGUCCGGCUGGAGUUCGACAGGCCCCUCUACGUGGGCUCGGCUGAGCACCGGCUGCACCCCUUCCUGGGCUGCCUGCGGGCACUGCGCAUGAACGGGCGGACGCUGAACCUGGAGGGCCAGGCCAACGAGACGGCGGGCGUGCGGGUGAACUGCACCGGCUACUGCCAGGACCCGCGGGUGCCCUGCCAGAACAGCGGGCUCUGCGUGGAGCGCUACAGCCACUACACUUGCAACUGCAGCCUCUCCGCCUUCGACGGGCCCUUCUGCAACCGCGACAUCGGCGCCUACUUCGAACCGGGCACCUGGGUUCGCUACAACAUCCUGCCAGCCGAGCUCUCGGCCGCCCGCGAGUUCGCCAGCAUCGUGAGCCAGCCACUGCCGGGCUACAACCUGACCAGCGAGGAGCUCAGCUUCAGCUUCCGCACUGGCACCGCGCCCGCUGUCCUGCUCUAUGUCAGCUCCUUCCGCAGGGACUACCUGGCCGUGCUCAUCCGGGAGGACGGGAGCCUGCAGCUGCGCUACCAGCUGGGCACCAGCCCCUACGUCUUUCCACUGACCACCACGCCCGUGACGGACGGGAGACCCCAUCGUAUCAACAUCACCCGCGUCAACCGCACACUCUACACCCAGGUGGACUAUUUCCCUGUCACGGAACAGCAGUUCUCCUUGUUCGUGGACAGGAAGCUGGACUCGCCCAAGAACCUGUACCUGGGGCGCGUGAUGGAGACAGGCGUGAUUGACCCCGAGAUCCAGAAGUACAACACGCCCGGCUUCUCGGGCUGCCUGUCGGGGGUGAAGUUCAACAGCAUCCUGCCCCUCAAAGCCAUCUUCCGCCCCAGCGGCAGGCUGGUGACCUACAACAUCAAGGGGGAGCUGGUGGAGUCCAACUGCGGCUCCAUGCCCCUCAGCAUCCUGGACAUCCCCCCCGAAAUGGACCCCUGGUACAUGGGCACAGAGUUCCCCCACGUGCACGAUGAUGGCUGGAUCGGGAUCAUCACCGGCUUUGUGACCUUCUUGCUGCUGCUCCUGGCCGGGCUGCUGCUGUUGCUGUACCUCCACCACCACCGCUACAAGGGCUCGUACCACACGAACGAGCCCAAGGCUGUCCAGGACUACCACGGCCCCAGCAAGCCCCUGGUCCCACACAAGGACCAGAACCUGCCCCAGAUCCUGGAGGAGGCAAAAGGCGAAUAGCCACCGGCUGCGGGGGAAGGAAGGGGUUAAUGCCUCAAGCGCUGGCACCUCCUGCCCGGUGCUGGGAGGGGAACAAGCACUGCCGGACCAAAGGGGCCAAACAACCCAGAACUGUCAGAACCCAGCUUCCGGCUGGAGCGUCUGCUCCUUCCCCUCCCGCUGCACCUCCCCUGCCCGCGCCGCUCCGAGGACUGCCUGGGGCUGAGCACCAUCUAGCCUGGGAGCCCCACGGGCAGGGCCCACGUCUUCCUCCUGGAAUCACGCUGAGCCGAGCGCUGGUGCAGUAACAACUCCCCUGCCCUGCGCACCAAGCAGAAAGUAGAGGCCACGCAGAACCCCCUGCCCCAGUGACCCUGGACCCAGCUGCUGCAAUCUCUCCUGCCCCCCAUGGACAGGAUGUCAGCCCCUGGGGGUGAUACGGGCCUACCUAGAGACGCCAUCUCAGCCCAGGCCUGGGCAGUGAGGCACGUAUUGGGUCUGCCAACCCACCUCCCCUAUAAACUCCACCGCAGCUUCCCCUUGGGGGAGACGCGGUUGUGCCAAGAGAACCUGGGUGGGGCAGCCUGGCCUUCCGCGGGGCCGGUUGGUGACGCUAGCAGCUAGAUUUCCCGCUUGUUUGCUCGCUUAGCAAAAGCCAUGAAGUGACCCAUGCGCUCUAGAGCACUGGAACACGGCCAUAGAGCGUGUUCUGCACCCCGGCCGCUGUCUGCAAUGGCACUCGCUCGUGCACGCCUCCUCCCCCUGCACUUUGCUGCUCUCGUACAACCAGGUAAAGAUCUUUGGAGUCUUUCUACCAUUUUUGUUGCUGACCAGUUGAUGACACACACUACGUCUUUUUAUUCUGUUUGUACAAAAAACAAAAAGAAACCAGGGCGGCUGCUCCGUGUGAGUUGGUCCUGGGGCACAGGCCAGCGGGUGCUAUGUCUCUCCAAGAAGGUCAAACCCUGCUGAGAGCAGCCGGCCCCCGGACCGCUCCAGUUCACACGCUGGGGCAGACAUGCAUGGAGUGACCCAAAGGCCUGGCGUUGCCGGGUGUUUUAUUUGUUACAGCCGUUUUGUUGACUGACACAUGACGAUGUGCAAAUAAAGGCAGACUGACAGAGUGCAA